GGCCCAUUAUCACUAAACAGUACUAAAAUAGAAAGAACCCGCCCACUAAAAUUUUAUCUUGCGCAUUCGGAUUAUGUGCAAAAAAAGAAAAAGGUUCAGCCUCGAGCUUUCCGCUUAAGCCUCGUUUACACCACAUCAGUAUUCUACCAUCCUUUCAAACAAUUAUUUUUCCACUAUAUCAAGGAGAAUAUCGUUGACUGUCGAGAAGCUCUGGAAGUUCUGCAAUCAAGAUGGCAGGCCCACCAAAUAAAAAGCAAAAGAGGGAGGAUUAUAGGACUGCGAGAGAGAAUGGUGAGGAGAGUAAAGAGUUGCCAAAGAAGAAAUUUUACAGGCAGAGAGCGCAUGCCAAUCCUUUCUCAGAUCAUCGUUUAGCAUAGUACGUACACUUCCAAUUGUCGAUCUGAUGGAGAUUCAUUGACUGGUAUUAGUCCUGCUUCCCCAGCCCAGAUGGAUUGGGCUUCACACUACCCCGCCUACGCAGAGUCGCCAAUAGCUUCCGAAGGAAUUGAAGAAACCGCGGCAGGUUUGGAAUCUAGCAAUUUGAAGAAGAUGGAGCAAGAUGUUGAGGUUGCAGAUAUUGGUUGCGGGUUUGGUGGUUUGACAGUAGCUUUGGCUCCCAAAUUGCCAAAUUCUUUAAUUCUCGGUACGAGUCUUUUUGUCACAUAGUAAGUUCGCGCAAUUCUAACUUUCUUCGCCAGGAAUGGAAAUUCGAGCACAAGUUACGGAAUAUGUACAAGAACGAAUCAGGGCUCUGAGGGUUCAAGAAAAGGAAACCGGUCUAUUUCAGAAUGCUUCAUGCAUACGAGCCAAUACCAUGAAGUUUAUGCCAAAUUUCUUCAAGAAGCACCAACUCGCCAAGAUUUUUCUUUGCUUUCCAGAUCCUCAUUUCAAGGCUCGAAAGCACAAGGCCAGAAUUGUCUCAACCACGUUAGCUGCCGAGUAUGCCUACGUAGUUCGACCAGGGGGAAUCAUAUACACUAUCACGGAUGUUGAAGAUCUGCAUAAUUGGAUGGUUACACAUUUCAAUGCGCAUCCUACCUUCGAGCGAGUUUCGGAAGAGGAACAAGAGGCGGAUGAAUGUGUCGAUAUAAUGAGGACGGAGACUGAGGAGGGGAAGAAAGUAACCAGAAAUAAUGGACCAAAAUACGUUGCUUUAUUCAAGCGUUUGGAGGAUCCUCCGUGGUAAAAGAGCCUUGUUAAAAGAUCCUGGGUAAAAGAGCAUUGGUGUGUAUAAGAGGGGUGUGGGAGAGGUACCAAUUAUAUAAAAAUGAUGUCAUUUAUGAUAUUUCAUUCUUGACAAGAAUUGCGAUGGGUUGAAGUAGUGUCAAUCUAGAGAACCCAAAUGAAUAAAUAACUAAUUAGAAAAUCGUAUACUUGUAUCCUCAUUCUCAUUCACAAGCCACUACCUAUUUCCUCACUGUGAGGAGGAUCAGUAUGUUAUUCUUCUAAGCAUCGGCCAUG